UGUGCAAUGACAUCAGUUGAUUGACAAAUUCUCAACAAAAACAUUUCACAAUUUUUGCCGGGCAGAAAAAAUAAUCUCAAUUCUAUAUAGUUAAAAUCGAUAGUGAAUCACAAAAAAUAAUUUCUAUCGCGAAGAAGAACAAUAAAAAUGUCAAGAAUCGUUUUCAAAGUAAAAAAAUCAUCGAGUUUGUAAAUUCGCAAAAUUUGUUUCUUAAAUAAUUACAACUUUAAUUUGUUGAUUUACAAUAUUAUUGUUUUACAAAAAUUAAAUUCUAAUUUUUACGUUUAAUUGAAACUUAAAAAAUGGAGUGAAAAAUUAAAAAGUGAUAAAAAAAUUUUCUUACCUAAAAAAUUUCCAAGACUCAAAAAAAAUAUGUAUCGAACUAAUUUUCUAUUAAAAUAAUAUAUAUAGAUAAGAAUGUUAAUUAUCUUUUGUUCGGUAAAGAAAAAAAAAAAAUUACAAUCGCAAGUUUAGUGUCAUCAGAAAAAAUAGGUGCGGACGAUAAUUUUGCGCGAGAAAAUAAAAAAUGACAAACAUGGGAUGAAUCAUGAUAAGUAUAUAUAGUAUAUAUAUAUAUAUAGUGGUUUAAUUAAUUAAUCAAAUGCAUAUCCCGGGGUCAAAAAUUCAAAUUGCUCGCGAUUCAGUUACAAAAUUCCUUAUGACUACUAAACAUAACCUCGUCGCAGCAAUAAUUGAGCAUCAAAAGAUGCUUCCACCUGUUAUUAUUGGAUUAAUUGUCAUUGUUUCGUUUCUAUUAAUAUUUUUAAAUAAUCUAUUAUGGAUAUUGUCAUAUGGUGUUUUAACAAUAACGUGUUUAUUAUUGGGACCAUUGAUUGUUAUUAUGGUUCAUAUUGCCCUAUCACCAAAACAUGAAACCGGACGUAAUACAAAUAAAACAAUUGCUGAACUUGAUGCAUUUCGUAAUAUGCUCAUGAAAAAUUAUGAGCCAAAAUCAAUGUGUAAUAAAAAACAACUUCGAUAUCCCCUUGUAUUCACACGAUUGGUGGAUGGUGCUUUGCAAAAUCUUUUGGAUUUGGCAUUUCGUGAUUUUGUCGGUGCAUGGCUUAAUGAUUUGUCCUUUGAAUCGGAACAAUUGAUCGAUAGUAUGAAACAGGAUGUUUGGGGUGCAAUACAAAGUCUUCAUGAGAGAUUGGCACACAUUGAUUCAACAAAAUUGGUCGCUUGCAGCGUUGUCAAUAGAGUGACAUUUCAUUUUGAAAAAAUUCGAAUUGCCCAGGCAGCUGUAUCGGAGGGAUUAGAUCCUGUUUUUAUUUUAUCGCCCCAUCUAAUGUCCCGUGAAGCAGAAUUGGAAUAUUUAAGAAAAGUCAGCGAACUUUGUAUUAUGCUUUUCCUACCCGGAAGUUAUUCUUUAACGCCAACAAAAUUUUUAUUACGUGAAAUUGUCACUUGUAAAAUUUUAAAACCGGCAAUCGAUUUGGUAACGGAUCCAGAUUAUAUAAAUCAAAAAAUUCUCUCCUACAUUGAACAACAACAAAUGACAGAGGCAAUGCAUAGAAAAACAUACGAGUACGCUGAAUCGUUUGAGGAUUUUAUUCAAAUGAUUAAAAGUUCACGUGAUCUUGAAGUACUUAAACAUAUCAGAUAUAAUAUUGUUACGGAAAUAAUGCAAGCAACGACAAUUCAAAAUGUUAAAAGAGCACAGGGAUUAGAUCCCGAGAGUAAUUCAUUGGGAAAAUCAGAUGCAAUUCAAGCGAGAAAAUUAAAACGUUACAUUAGUCAAUUGACGUAUGCAAAAAAUACAUGCGAAUGCCAUAUGCAAUCACUUGGAUGGGAUGGUUUUUUAAUUCAGGAAAAUGAUUUAUCCGAUCCAAGUGCAAUUGGAGAAGGACGAAUAUUACCAUUGCCGUAUAUUUUAGAAAAUGUUAUUGGCCGAAGACAUUUGUCACAAUUUUUAGAACAAGUAUCAAGUCAAGGUUUAAUUGGCUAUUGGGCAGCGGUUCAAGAAUUACGCGCGGCAAAAAAAUCCAAUUGGCAUCAAUUGGGAGCGGAAAUUUUUUACACCUACAUUAAAUCGCCAACGGCCGAAAUGAAAGUUGAUAAAAAUAUGCGUAAACGAAUGGAGAGCUUUUUGAUGGGCGACAAUGGACCACAUGCAUUUUAUGAAGUACAAGACAGUGUUGUUAAAACAUUAAAGGACAAAUAUUAUCCGUCAUUUAUUGUUAGUGAGCAAUAUAAAAAAAUGCAGGAGGCACUUAUUAAUGAGAGAGUCGACGGACUCGUUGAGGAUCGUCAAAUUGAUGGGACAAUAAACGAUACGUCACUAUUGGUUGGCGAGCAUUCAAAUUAUGCACGCAGUAAAUUAGAUCAAUUACAGGAGAAAUUAAAUAAUAAAAUGCAAGCCCUACAGGCGUUGCGAUCAUCAUUAAAACCAGAGAGUCGAGUACUUAGUAUUUUAGCAAAGGAAGUGGAAUAUCUUCAGGGUGAGAAACGACAAUUGGAAGCGCAUUUAACACACACGGAAAUGUGGGCCGAACAUUUGGGACAUUGGAGAGCUGAUGUACAAAGUGCAGAGGUGCCGGAUAAUGGUGAUCCACCGCAAUUUAUUCUCGUUGUACAUAUGGCAGCCGAUGAGGAGAGUGAGGAAAAAAUAUCAACUGGCUGGGUUGUAUUGAGAAAACUAACAGAAUUUCAAGAGCUUCAUAGAAAAUUACGUCAGUUAUGUUCGAGUGUUAAAAAUCUCGAACUACCAUCGCAGCCAUUAAAAUUUUUUGGUAAAUCAGAUAAAAAUACAAUUGAUAAGGCGAGAGUGCAAAUACAAAAAUAUUUAAAUUUUGUACUUGAGGACGACAGAUUAAAUCAAAGUGAGGCACUUUAUGCAUUUUUGAGUCCAAGUUCGGAGCAUUUGAAACACACGGCACCUUCACCGAAAAAAUCGCGUUUCUUUCUUUCAACUCUUUUCAAAAGCAGUAGUGGUUCGAGUGGAAGUGGCGAUUCGAGGGAAAAAGAAGACGAGGAGGAUUAUUCAUUUCUCUUGGACGAUAAUGAGCCAGGAAGAACAGUUACCGAUAGUUUUCUUGGUCCAGGAAAAGAUGCGAUAGUUGAACCACUUUAUUCACUUCUUGGAGAAGUUUUCGAUCUUAAGGGAGUUUUUCGCUGGCUCAGGCGAUCUCUCAUUACUUUUGUCCAAAUCACAUACGGAAGAACGAUAAAUAGGCAAGUACGUGAUACGGUAACGUGGCUACUUUGUGAACCAAUGUUGCAUUAUUAUAUAACAUUGUUUACAAAAUCAUGGUGGCCAAAUGGUCAACUUGUCUCGGAGACAAUUGUUAGAACUGAUGAGGAAAAAUUAAUGACACGAGGCGAGGCACGAAGGCAAUUUUUAAAUAAUGUACCUGAUGUUUUAACGAAUUUAGUUGGCGCUCAAAAUUCACAGCGUGGCGCUAUUAAAGUUUUUGACACUUUGCAAAAUGUCAAUCUCAAUAAGCAACUAUUUUACGAUAUAUUUGAAGUAUUAAUGUACGAAGUGUUUCCAGAGCUACAAAAAAAUCGUGGUUUCAAUACAUUUAAAUUUCAUGAUGAUUGAACAAUUAUCAUUAUUAUAAUUAUUAUUAUUAUUGAGGAGGUCCUUUUUUUUCCCGACUGAGAUAUAUAUACAUCUAUAAAUAAUUUAAUGAGCAGCUUUCGCAGAUUCAGUAUUUCUCGAAUCAGUAUAUGGACCAAUGUGUUUCUCAAUUUUUCAAAUUCAAAGAAAGGAUCGAGCGUUUUUACUGUGACAAUAUACAAACAUAUAUUAUAUACAAAAAAAAAAAAGAAAUAUCAAUUUGAAUGAGAAGUGUAUUUUUCAAAAUGGAAUUCUCUCGAUGCAAAACCAAAAACAAAAAAAAAGGAGAAGCUCGACAAUAUAGGUAAGAAUUUUUUUUUUCUCAGCCAAAAAAAAAAAGAAAAAAAAACAAAAA